AUGGCAAUUCUUGAGUCUAAUAUUACAAUCCGAUCUUCCAAGCGUCCUAGUGAUAGUUCUGAUGAGCGUCCUAGUAAAAGUAAGCGAGAGUUAAUGAGCUCCCAAAUGAAUGAUGUAUUACAAUCAAUGGUUGAGGCUGCCAAGGCUAGGAUAGAGGCAUCUAAAGCAAAGGCUGAGAGAUAUAAGAGGAUAAGGGUAAUAGCAAAUUGUUUUCGACACUUAACUGAGACAGUUGACAGGCAAUUUAAGGAAACUGUAAAAGCAAUAUGCCGCCUGGGAAAAUUCAUUAUACGUCCUUCUCAAAGCAAUGAAGUGCAUCCACUUAUUGCUAACAAUACCAAAUUCUUUCCAUAUUUCAAGAAAUGUAUAGGUGCAAUUGAUGGAACAUAUAUUAGUGCAUGGGCUCCAACGUCAAAGCUAGUCAGCUAUAGGAAUAGAAAGGCCAUAAUCACCCAUAAUAUAAUGUGUUCAUGUGAUUUUGAUAUGAAGUUUACAUUUGUUUACACGGGUUGGGAGGGUGGCUAUUAUUUAGUGGAUUCUGAUUAUCCAUGCACCUUGGGCUUUCUACCUCCGUACCGUACUAAGAGAUACCAUUUACGAGACUUUCGAGGUGGGGAUCAUCUUGAAGGUGCUAAAGAGCUAUUCAAUUAUAGACAUUCAUCUCUUCGUAAUGUAAUUGAAAGAUGUUUUGGCGUUUUAAAGGCACGAUUUCCAGUUUUAAAAAUGAUGCCCCGUUAUAAACCAUGUCGACAAGUGAAUGUGAUGAGAGCCUGUUGCACAAUUCAUAACUUCAUUCGAAUGGCAACAAGAAAUGAUCGCUUAUUUACUCAAUUCAAUGUUGAUAACCUUACUGUUGAAGGUGAAGGUAGGGAUAAUUCGGGUGAGCCAUCGCACACUGUUGACUUAAUUAAUCAUUGA